GGGGUCGGGGCGUGGACGCGGGGGCGGGGCCGGGGCGGGGCGUGAACGCAGGGGCGGGGCCGGGGCGGGGCCGGGGCGGGGCGAGCCCGCAGGACUCAGGGCUGCCGGGAACAUGGCGCUGUGCGGUUGGCGCAGCGCGGCUGCCCCCCGGCUGUGGGGCUCCGUAGCUGUACGGGCCGAAGCCAGGGGAGGCAUGGGGCCGUUCCAGGCCUGCGGCUGUCGGCUGGUGCUUGGCGGCAGAGACGGUGUCAGUGCGGGGCCGGGAGGCAGCCGUGGGGUCCACGGUGAGCCCCUGGGUCCGGCGCACCCUUUGCAGAGGCCUCCCAGACCCGCGGUGCCCGGGGCAUUCCGGAGGCGGCCGAGGGCAGCGGCUCCCUGCUUCUCCGUUUCGAGUAUUAAAGGUGGAAGAAGACCCAUAUCUUUUUCUGUGGGUGCUUCAAGUGUUGGAAGCGGAGGCAGCAAUGACAAGGGGAAGCUUUCUCUGCAGGAUGUGGCUGAGCUGAUUCGGGCCAGAGCCUGCCAGAGGGUGGUGGUCAUGGUGGGGGCCGGCAUCAGCACACCCAGUGGCAUUCCAGACUUCAGAUCCCCGGGGAGUGGGCUGUACAGCAACCUCCAGCAGUACAAUCUCCCGUACCCCGAGGCCAUUUUUGAGCUUCCAUUUUUCUUCUACAACCCCAAGCCCUUUUUCACUUUAGCCAAGGAGCUGUACCCUGGAAACUACAAGCCCAAUGUCACUCACUACUUCCUCCGGCUGCUUCAUGACAAGGGGCUGCUUCUGCGGCUCUACACGCAGAACAUCGAUGGGCUUGAGAGAGCAUCAGGCAUCCCUGCCUCAAAGCUUGUUGAAGCUCAUGGAACCUUUGCCUCUGCCACCUGCACAGUCUGCCGAAGACCCUUCCCAGGGGAAGACUUUUGGGCUUACGUGAUGGCAGACAGGGUGCCCCGCUGCACAGUCUGCACUGGCGUUGUGAAGCCCGACAUCGUGUUCUUUGGGGAGCCGCUGCCCCAGAGGUUCUUGCUACAUGUGGUUGAUUUCCCCAUGGCAGAUCUGCUGCUCAUCCUUGGGACCUCCCUGGAGGUGGAGCCUUUUGCCAGCUUGACCGAGGCCGUGCGGAGCUCAGUUCCCCGACUGCUCAUCAACUGGGACUUGGUGGGGCCCUUGGCUUGGCAUCCUCGCAGUAGGGACGUGGCCCAGCUGGGGGACGUGGUUCAGAGCGUGGAAAGGCUAGUGGAGCUUCUGGGCUGGACAGAAGAGAUGCGGGACCUUGUCCAGCGGGAAACUGGGAAGCUUGAUGGAGCAGACAAAUAGGAUGGCAGCUGCCCCACACAGGAAAUGGUGCCAUAGGAGCCAUCCACUUCCCAAUUCUGACGAGACCUCGUGCCUGAAGACAGCUUGGGCGGGUUUACACGUUUGGUCAAACCAGAAUAUGUGAACUGUGUGGACACCUGAGGCUGCCACUGGACUGUCUUCCCAGGCUGUGGGCUGUGCUGACUGGUAGGGCUGUUUCCGUUCAGGGGCACCCCGUCAUAUAUGCAAAGGAGCUGCCUGCCUGCCUGUUUGCAGUGUUUAACUCUUCACUGCCGAAGCUCUUAAUGGAAAAAGCUUUCUCCUGACAAGGACCCUCUUGAAGUGAAACAGAGUAGAAUGCCAGCCUGGGUCUGCGUUCUCUGUGCCAGGUCCCCGUCUGAAGGGCAAGUUCAGCAUCUGUUGAUUAGAAGACCCAGACUUGGGCCAAGCAGCCCCCAGCCCUCUUCGUGUCCUGAAGUGUAGUCUUGAGGCUCUGGUGCUACACUUCUAGCACAUUGGUCUCCUUUAGCAGGGCUGUUUUUAAUUAGAGAAAACCUGUCCUUUAUUUUCAGCAUGAAAUACAUUUUAGCCUCCAUCAAAGGACUGCGGGUGUUGACCUGAGUUGGAAAGGGAACCUGGGGUACACGGCAUCCCCUGUUGUAACAGUCCGAGGACUGAAGGCACCUGUCUCUGGAUUCAUUGGAGGUGGCCCAGCUUCUCCCUCUGAAGGUGGUCAUGUUCUACUGACGUUUCCUUACUCAUCAUCUCCAGAAACAUCUGUUCCAGAAUAUUCUAGCAUUUUCUAUCUGGUCUCCUUGUCCCCACACUGCCCCCUCCCCUAGGGCUUUCUCCAGUGACACUGCCAGAGCUCAUCUUUGAGACAGGGGAAGACUUACUCACUGAAAACCCAGGCUAAGUCCUGGCCACCUGCUGGAUUGUGACAUAGCAGGUAGAAUCCGCUGAGCUCCAAGUUCUGCACAGGCUUCUUCUCCUGGGGCUGCACCAAGGCCCAGCUCUGAUGGCUCACCCCUUCAGGCACCAGUGGCUUCCCCCGGGCUCCCACCCACAUGCAGGCACAUCCCCUCCCUAGCAUCAGAUCACCUGCUUGUUUCCCCAGACAAAAGCACUUCCUAGUCCUGAGCACUGCCUCUGACAGAAGUGGUGACCUAGAAAAAGUGUUGAAUUCUGAAAAGAAUGAAAUCAGUUUCUAACUCUA